UCCUUCGGUCAAUGUUUUGGUUGAGUUGGGUUAGCUGGUUCGAAUGUUCAUUGGGAAUUCCAACUGCGUGAUAUUGAGUUGUACUUAUGACUCCAUCAUAUGUGAAAUAUCCCAAAGUGGACAGUUAACAGGAGUGGUAUUUGUUUAGCAGAAGACAUACGAAAUCGGUUUGAACAUCCUUGAUACUUAGCUUUGUACCACCUGCUUCCGUGCAGUCAAUUGAGGACAACCCUGCCAGUCGAAGCUGUCAGUUAUUUCGCUUAGCAACCUAGCGAUACGGUUGGUUCCUAAGGUCUUUGCAUAACUAAGCUCGGAUUGUUUUUAUCCUUGUAGAUCACAGUCUCUUCCUUUUGUCAACUUCGCCCGAUAAUACAAAUGCUACUGAGACGGAUGAGCCAGAAUUCCGCUCUAUGCGGUGGCGUGUUGCGGCUCCCUAACUCUCUUCCUGGGGGGAAACAUCAAAAGGAAGCCCACGUCUCCGUUCACAAUGCCCGUCGUUAUGCCAGCCAAGCAGCAGAGGCGGUGUUGGAUAAGCCAGCAGUGGGAGCAGACUCCACCACUAAGUCAGAUAAAGUGGAGAAGGCCGCCAACAUGGAGUCGAAGUCUUUUGCCGUGAACAUGUUCAAGGGCCAGAUCAGCACUGCUCAGGUGUUUCCUUAUCCCUCAGUGAUGAACGAGGAGCAGACCCAGUUCCUCAGGGAACUUGUUGGACCCUGCUCCAAGUUUUUUGAGGAGGUUAAUGAUCCAGCCAAGAAUGACGCUCUGGAGAAGGUUGAAGACCAUACCAUGGAGGGCCUGAAGGAGAUGGGGGCCUUUGGCCUGCAGGUGCCUGCUGACCUGGGAGGUGUGGGCCUCACCAACACACAGUAUGCCAGGCUAGUGGAGAUUGUGGGCAUGCACGAUCUGGGCGUUGGCAUUACCCUUGGUGCCCACCAGUCCAUCGGCUUCAAGGGCAUUAUCUUGUUCGGCACCCCUGCCCAGAAGGAGAAGUACCUUCCCAAGCUGGCUACAGGCGAGCACAUGGCUGCCUUCUGCCUGACGGAGCCUGCCAGCGGCUCGGAUGCUGCCUCUAUUAAGACCACGGCGGUUCGCUCCGCUUGUGGGAAGUACUUCACCCUGAACGGAGGAAAGAUCUGGAUCAGCAAUGGAGGCCUGGCAGAAAUAUUCACUGUUUUUGCCAAGACACCAGUGAAAGAUCAGAAAACCGGAGAGAUGAAGGAUAAGAUCUCUGCCUUUGUCGUGGAGAGGAGCUUCGGGGGUGUGACACACGGCCCUCCGGAGAAGAAGAUGGGCAUCAAGGCCUCCAACACCGCUGAGGUAUACUUCGACAACGUGCGCGUGCCCGCCGAGUGCGUCCUGGGUGAGGUGGGCAGCGGCUUCAAGGUGGCCAUGCACAUUCUGAACAACGGUCGCUUUGGCAUGGCCGCUGCCCUCUCGGGCACCAUGAAGGGCGUCAUAACCAAAGCCGUGGAUCACGCUGCCAACCGCACACAGUUCGGCAACAAGAUCCACAAUUACGGCGCCAUCCAGGAGAAGGUGGCACGCAUGGCCAUGAUGCAAUACGUCACCGAGUCUAUGGCCUACAUGAUCAGCGGUAACAUGGACAGUGGAGCCGCCGACUUUCAGAUCGAGGCAGCCAUCAGUAAGAUCUAUGCCUCCGAGGCUGCUUGGAUCGUAACUGAUGAGUGUAUUCAGAUCAUGGGAGGAAUGGGCUUCAUGAAGGAUGCUGGCGUAGAAAGAGUCUUGAGGGAUCUGAGAAUCUUCCGGAUCUUUGAGGGCACUAAUGACAUCCUGCGGCUCUUUGUGGCCCUCAACGGUUUCCAGAAUGCCGGUAACCAGCUGAAGAGUUUGCAGAAAGCGCUGAAAAGCCCCUUUGGGAACAUUGCACUCCUCACAGGCGAAGUCACCAAGAGGGCAAGGAGGAAGGCUGGGCUGGGAACUGGGUUGACUCUCCAGGGAAACAUCCAUCCAGACUUGACUCACAGCGGAGAUUUGACUGUUAAAGUUAUUGAGCAGUUUGGCACUGUGGUUGAGGAGCUGCUCCUCAAACAUGGCAAGAAGAUCAUUGAUGAGCAGUUCGUGCUGAAGAGAGUGGCAGACUGUGCCAUUGACCUGUAUGCCAUGGUGGUGGUCCUGUCCAGGGCUUCCCGCUCCCUGGAGCAGGGGCAUCCCUCUGCCCAGCACGAGAAGAUGCUGUGUGAGACAUGGUGCACGGAGGCUCACGAUCGCAUCCUGCAGGACAUCGGGUUCCUGAGGUCAAGCACCUCGAAGCAGACCUUCAAGAACUUGAGGGCCAUCUCUAAGGCCGUGGUCGAGAACGGAGGGGUGGUCUCCCCUCACCCCCUGGGUUUCUAAAGCGCCAUCCUCUCUUCUCCUCUCCUCUCCUCUCCUCUCCUCCCCUCAUCCAGUUCAUCAUCCACUCACACAGCAUCUAUCCAUCUUCAUGUUCUUUGCCACAUUCAUCUUGUUUAUGCAAGUCUGGAUGGGUGUGUGAUAUAUUUGCUUUCUAUGCAUCACCAUAAAAGUGCUUUACUGUUUUAUGUUCCCACGGGGGAAAAAAGAGCUUGGUGCCAGUAGACAAUAAGCUGAACAUGCACAGGCUUCGUAGCUUUGGUACAGGCAAGGUUUUUAAGAGAAACCAUUUUUUUUUUAAGUGAAAAUAGCAGUGAAGGCGACUCUCUUGUUAAAAGUAAUGCUACAUAGCAACCUUGAGUGCCUUGUUCCUCAAUUGAGCAGCUCAUGCUGACAAGCUAAAUAAUGGAAACUGUGCAAUGGUCUGGAUGGUUGCGAUAAGGAAGUGUCAGGACUUUCUAAUGAAAUGCACCAAAAGAGGUGCACAAAAAUAUUUGAAAUGAUUGAAGAGCAAGGAUAAGCUGUUGUGACUGUUUAAAGUUCACUUGAUCUCAGACUAAAAGGGGAGACCAUGGGAUUUCCUAACAGUAGCCUGAUGGUUGGUAAGCAAAGAUGAUGAGGUUAAAAGACCAGUGAUGUUUUUUGCCCAGUGCUAGAGACCAGUGGUAUUUAUAUGACACAGUGACCGGUCAGCAGGGGUCAUAUGAAUUACCCCAUUUCAGUCAUUUCCCAUUCUCAAAUGUUUUUGGUUGAGUCAGUAUUUCUAAUAAUCCAGCAGUGUUCCGGUACAGUCCCAUAUCAUGUAACACACACUAUUGUGUUGUUCUUUAAUGUCGUUUGGCACUGGUCCACAAAAAUGACCCCACAUUAACUCCAUCUCACGGUCGAGUCAGUAUUUGUACUGAUAAAUCACACAGACUUUCAUUCUCUUCAACAUAUGCCAUGGUAUUGUAUUUGAAUGUUGUUUGGAAUAUGUUUGUACCUUAUUUAGUGUUCAACUUGCUACCCUGUACUUCAUAACAUGUGCAAGGUUCAAAUGAGGUGGUACUAACCCUUCACUUCAGGAAUUCAACUCUGCCAUAGUGAAUCAUUCAGUCAUGCUGGUAGAAUAACCUUCAGUGGCUUACACCAAACCAGAAAAAGCCUAAUUUUUACAAACUAAAACUGAUUUUCUGUUUUUAACGCUGCUUCACCGAUGGCAACUCUCAAUAACUUAAGGGUAAAGUUCUGAGGAUGACUAGCUAUGUGGACAGGGUGUUUUAAGUGGCUGUACCUAAACGGAGUGCACAGGCUAAUUCAUUCAGCAUUGUAUUCAGCAUCCUUUUGUGUGUCUUAGUUCAUGUGUUAUGCAUCUAAAAUUGUACUUAAUUUAUUAUAUCCUACAAUUAUACCGAAUGUACCACUUUUCCUCAAUGGAAAGUGUGGCUUUUUUGUGGCAAAAUGGCAUUAAAACAUUUAAUUGUUUAAUAAUUUAACAGUCCCUGCGAGAGCUGUAAACACACACUCAAAUGUAUGUUAAACAUUUAUGCCUAUCUUUACAAUUCGAAGUAAAGAUACACAUGUGGUACUGCACUAGUAAAGGCUUUCAAAAUGUCUUUUUGACAUGUAGCAAUUAAGGGUAUAUUCUGACUAUAAAAUAUUUUGCCCUUUUUUGAUUGUAAAGAAAUAUAAAUGACUGAAAUAUAUAUGAUUUCAAGA